AUGAAUUAUCCAAGCAAUGCGAUGAUUAAUAAUCAAGAAAAAGAUAGAAUUGAUUUUAAUAAUAAAUUUCAUGCACAAAAGUAUUAUACAAUACCAAAAAUAAAUAUUUUCAAGAAAUCAGAAAAUAACUUAAACUUUCAAAAAAAGUCAUAUACACCUCAAACAUCAUAUACACCCCAAAAGAAGAAACUCAGUUCACAAGAUAAUUCAUUAUCACAGCAGUCCAUUACUGGGAACAAGAGAUCCUGUGAUCUUUAUAUCACCGAUAGUAGUAGUAAAUCUUCAAAAGAAUUGAGAUAUCAAAAUGAUUUUAAUAAAAAAUCAAAAAACUCUGAAGAAUCCGUUCGUGAUGUAUCAACACCGAAUGUUGCUCCACUACCUUCAGACGAUUCACGACCAGCGUCAUUAAACUCACAACGAAAUCUUAAUUCACAACGAAAUCCUAAUUCGCAACGAAAUUUUAACUCACAACGAAAUCUUAAUUCACAACGUUCGAUUUCAAGUCUUCAAACCGACAGUAGUAAUACUCAAAUCGUUAGUAGUAAUACUCAAACCGAUAGUAGUAAUACUAAGUUGAAGGGAAGAAUUAUGAAUACUUCACAACAUGAACGCCGAUUAGAAAAUCAAACUAAGGUUCAAGAAACUUCUGACUCAUCUCCAGAUUCUCCAGAAAACACAAAAAGUUGGUCUCGUUCUCAAACUCGAGAACAGCAACUUGAAAUAAUGAAGUAUUGGUUGGAUAAAUACCAUAAAAAAAAUAGGUUUGACCCAGUAAUUUCAGAUUUAACAAGUGGAAAGCCUUGGAAUGAAAUUGAGGGGAAAUUAUUAUCUCGGUUUAUGCCGGUUUUUAAAAGAUAUUUAUUAGAUAAUGGUCUUAGUUCUCGUACAUCCGAAUUUUAUUUCUUAUUUUUUACUGCUUUACGAGAUAAGCAUAAAAUUGCUAAUAAUAUUUCUCCAGAUGAAAUUCUCGAUUAA